AUGGCAGAUUGCCAACUUUAUCCAACACUUAUACAGUCACGAACUGUGCUUUUGCCAUCAAACUUGCCUCCUAAUCUUCAGCUCGCCGGCACUGUGCCCUUCUACGAACCGUCCGUUCAAGGCCCUCCCCCGCAAAUGAUCGCUACUUCCUUGCCUCCUCGACCACUUGUAGUACAUACUGCCCCACCACAACUACUAUCAUCCGCUCUACCGCAAGUCUAUCAAACUGUAGCUCCGCAACCGAUGCUAGCACCUAUACCACUUCAGCAGCAAUACCCUUAUGGAUAUGGUGGAUAUGGUGGAUAUGGUGGAUAUGGUGGAUAUGCCACUCAGAAACCAGACGGUCCACUCAAGCGUUUCUUUAAAGGUGCUGCUGACGGAUUUAUGCUUGGAUCGAUGGGUUGGCUGGGAUAG